GAUUUCUUGAAAAGCCAGCUUUUUGCGCCAUGGAAUUUACACGAGAAACAAUGCCUGGCGCUCGAUUUUAUGACGGCAAAAAAUUGAACAUCCCUGUUUCGACUGAAGCCGGUCUGGAUCUAUACGAACGUUGGAUCCACCAAGGACUCAGCGGUAUCAUGUCUGCUGUGGCUCGCAAACGGUAUUUUAACAAAAGUAUUUUUUUCUUCCUCUGAAA